AUGGUUAUACAGCGCGGAAAAACUUGCUCAAAAGGGUUGACAGUAUGGACAUCUUCCAUGUUUAUCGUUGGAGCAAUAGCCGGUAUUGGAGUACUUUCCCUUCCCAAAGCUGUAGAAGAUACGGGAGGAAAUCCCUUGCAGUCGGAGCUGUGGAGAUCUUGUUUACAUCAAAACUUAGUUACAGUUACUAACAGCAUUUUUAACUUCGGAACAGCUGUUGUGUUCAUGGUACUUGCUGCAAAUAACGCUGUAACAUUGCUAUCGAACUACACACAAGUCUCUUUCUGUUACUGGUUAUUGCUUCUGAGUGUUCUCUUGACGCCAAUCACAUGUCUUGGAACACCUAAAAACUUUUGGUACAUUGGCAUAGGUGCAACAAUAUCUACAGUCGUAAUGGUGAUGUACCUUCCGACGGCACUCUCUGGAUACCAGGCGUAUGGACGAGAUGUUAAUGUUAACAUAUUAAAAAGCCUGUCUGUCGGUUAUAUUGCUCACAUUACGGAACUUUUGAUAACAGUUCAUCUUCUUUUUGGAUUUGUAAUUUUUGUGAAUCCUAUUUGUCAACAAUUUGAAGCUCUUGUUGGUGUACCGGAAGAGUUCACGUGGAAAAGAUGUAUUGUUCGUCCUUCGAUAGUAUUAGCAGUACUCUUCGUAUCUGAAAGUGUACCUCAUUUUGGAACGAUCCUGUCAUUAGUUGGAGGUUCUGCCACGACAUUAUUAGCUUAUGUUUUCCCGUGUGUAUUCUAUAUGAAACUCUGUAGAGAUGUAAACGAGGACCAAAAACUUGACUCACGUCGUGUGGUUAACAACGACGGUACGUUCACUCAGAAGUCAAUCGAGCAGUCCCCAUUACUAGACCAUUUGACUGAAGAGGAAGAAAGAGAGAGUGCGUUUGAAUGUGAAAUUCCGGAAGACACUUCACGGGCGUCGUCAAGGACAAUUAUCAACGGGCCAAUCGUCAUUCCCAUGUGGCAGAAGAUUUUAAACACCAAGAUAGUAAUGAUUGGCAUAUUAGGGGGCACGGCAGCAACAGUGUCCGCCAUUAUUGAUAUAACCAAUCCGGAGAGUUUGUCCGUUCCGUGUUACGUCACUUUACAAGGAGCAGGAACAUGAAUUACGUUUACUUCCCAUGUCUAGUUCUGGUGAACACAAAGCAAGGAGAGGUUCAUGAUGGUUUAGAUAAAAACCGGAAGUAGAAGAAAGAAGUUGGAUUUUAAUUGGAAAGACAACUAGUAUUCUUUUGACCGGAAGUAAGGGGAAAAGUUAAACAGGGUUAUAGUUACUAAUUGAUCGUUGAAAAGAAUCGUACAAAACUAUGAAGAAUCAUAAUUAUUACGGGUGUUCGCUGAUCUUUUCUUUUUGUCAGAUAUUUUGAAUCUUCUGGUUUUAUCGAUGUAGUGUCCUUAAAAAUGUUGCCCACUAAUCCCUUACAUUUCUUUUUUUGUUUAUUUUAUUACAUAUAGUUUAAAAGCCAUUUUUGAAAAUGCUUGUUAUUUUUUCAUAGUUUUCAUUUCCCGCCAAAUUUUCGAUGGCUUAUAUCUAAAAAAAAAAACAAGGACGUAGAUAUUUAAUAUUUCAGCUUUUUAGCUCACCGGGGCCCGAAGGGCCCCAUGUGAGCUUAUGCCAUCACUUGGCGUCCGUCGUCGUCCGUCGUCGUCUGUCGUUGUCGUCUGUCGUCGUAAACUAUUUCAAAAAUCUUCUCCUCUGAAACUACUGGGCCAAAUACUUUCAAACUUUAACUGAAUGUUUCUUAGGGUAUCUAGUUUAUAAAUUGUAUCCGAAGUUUUGAUCCAUCGACAAACAUGGCCGCCAUGGCUAAAAAUAGAACAUAGGGGUCAAAUGCAGUUUUUGGCUUAUAUCUCAAAAACUAAAUCUUUUAGAGCAAAUCUGACAUGCAGUAAAACUGUUCAGUUGGUCAAGAUCUAUCAGCUCUGAAAUUUUCAGACGAAUCGAACCCAUUGAUGGGUUGCUGCCACCGAAUUGGUAGUUUUAACAAAAUUUUGCAGUUUUUUGUUAUUAUUUUGAAUAUUAUUAUAGAUAUAUAUAAACUGUAAGCAGCAAUAAUGUUCAGCAAAGUAAGAUCUACAAAAAAGUUAAUAUAAUCAUAAUUGUCAAUUGACCCCUUAAGGAGUUAUUGCCCUUUAAAGACAAUUUUACACAAUUUGUUCAUCAAGUUUGCUAACAUUUAAAAAUCUUCUCCUCUGAAACUACUGGGCCAA